GCAGAAGUGUUUCGUUUUCAGAUGCCACCCGAACUACUUUACUUUGUGGCGUUAUUGGUAUUAUUUGUGAUUACUAAUAGAUGGACAGUACGGUUGUUAUAUCCUCCGAUAAGCAAUUGCAGUGCUAUUUGGGCUUCCUAAGUAAGUGUAUGACUGGGUAUUUGGUUCAAAGGAUGUCCAACUGUUUGUCCCGAUCCCGCACAAUCACGGCGUAUGAAGCACAGUUUAUCACAUCCCAGCCCACGGACAUGCAGAAAGCCUCCAGGCUGAUGCAGAUUGUCAUUAAAAAAGGCCAAAAUGCAUGCAGUUCGUUCCUCAAAUGCCUUGGAAUUUGUGACCCGGUGUUGUAUGAGAAUGUUACAGGAUUUCCAGCACAAUUUAAGCAAGAGGACCAUCAACAUGUAGAGGAAAUUCCUUUUUCAGAAAAAUUGCAGUUUACACCUUGUAUUAUAAACAUACAAAACUCUUCCCUGACCAACUGUAUUAUUGGGAACAACAAUAGCCAAUGCAUUACCUGUGACCAGCAUUCUUUGCUCACUCAGAAUGAUGCAAACAGUGUGAAAAAACAGGCGGACAGUCAGAGCCAUGAUCAGCUGAUCCCAGUGCAGGAUACAAUAAGUGGCAGCAGCGUUCACAUGGAGAGAUCCAACAUAGAGUAUGUUAUUAUAGGUGACCGUAACAGUAUGAUAGUCACUGAGAACUCAGAGGUUGAGGAAGAUACAGAGAUUGAGCCUGAAGAGAUUAGUUAAAAUAUGUGAAAUAGUGGGCAGGAGGUCAGACCCACAGUUUUGGAGAGCUGCAGAUUGUCAACUCGCCUUAACAGGCCUGACCUAUGAUUGUACACUGGAAGCAUAAUAUAUGCUUUAAACUGACCAAUGCUCAGGUCUUCAGCAGGAGCUACCAAGCACACUGAAACAUUAUCCUUUAUCGUGGAUUUUCUAAACCUGUGUACAUUGGGGUGGCAAUGAUAUUUGAUACUGCUUUAAUUGCUACUGAACAUGACUACUACUGACGGUUUUAAUGGGUACACCAAUAUUUAUUUGCUUAACAGAAAUGUAUGAAAGUAAAUGUGUUAACUGACAUUGCAAUCAGUUGUUAUUCAGUCUUUAUAAGCUUUCUGUGAUUAUACAUAAAUGUUGUUUA